AUGGCAACUCGGACUCUGACAGCAAAGUUGUGGCGUCUCAAUGCAAAUUUGGUAUCGAAGCAACAACUUCGACGGCUCACGCUACAUGAAUAUCAGUCGCAGAACAUUUUGAAGGAGUUCGGCAUACCAGUACCCCGAGGACACCUCGCAAGAACACCAGCCGAAGCUGCGGUGAUUGCCACAGAGCUUGGCGGAAACUGUUCUCUCAAACCACAGGUAUUAAGGGGCGGCAUCGAAGACGGCACGUUUGACAACGGGUCAGAGGCCGGCAUUCAACUGGUCAAUAAUGCAGAAAGCGCCGAGAAAGCUGCCAAUCGCAUGCUUGGUCACUACUUGAAGACGGAUCAAUCCGUAGGUAACGGUGUAUUGGUCAAUAAGCUUCAUGUUACUGAAAGCCUGAAUCCCGAGAGAAAGUGGUACUUGGCGUUCACAUUCGAUCGCGAGAACUAUUGUCCAAUAAUCAUCGCGUCAAAAUUUGGCGGAGUCGCCAUCGAAAAGAUAGAAGCCCAGCAUCCAGACGAGCUGCAUACAUUUCGAUUUGGGUUCACGGACGGCAUCACAUCCAAACUCACCGACAAUGUCUCGAACUGUCUCGGAGCUUCGGCGAAAGAGAAGGAAGACCUCAAUGACAUACUCGGCAGACUUUAUAAGAUUUUCACAACAAAGGACGCCUAUUCGCUUGAGAUCAAGACUCUAGCAAGCUCAUCAGAAGGAGGUCUGACUUGCAUGGACGCCAAGUUCUCAUUUGAUGAUGCUGCGGCCAAGCGGCAGAAGACACUUUUUGCAGAGCGAGACACGGAGCACGAGAUUCCAGAAGAAGUCGAGGCUGAGAAGUAUGGGCUGGUCUAUGUUCGCAUGGACGGCGACAUUGGCAAUGUAGUCAAUGGAGCAGGUCUCGCGAUGGCGACCAACGAUGCGAUUGCCCUGCACGGUGGCGCCAGUGCAAACUUUCUUGAUGCUGGUGGGCAAGCGACGAAGGAGACCAUGGUCAAGGCAUUUGAGAUUAUCCUGCGGGACCAGAGGGUGAAGACAAUAUUUGUCAACAUCUAUGGCGGAAUUACUAGAGGCGACAUGAUCGCAGAAUCCAUUCUUGGUGCAGCCAAAGAGCUGGGACCGCUGAAAAUUCCCAUGGUGGUUCGACUUCAAGGCACCAAUUCUGAGAUGGGAUUGAAAAUCGUAAGAUGUUCCCCUGGAGGAAGCCAAUCUUGGAUUGCAUACCGAAGCAGAUUUUGGGAAAGCAGCGCAAAAGGCAGUAGAACUGGCUCGAGGAUCAAGCCCGGCGUCAUAGAAUCCGUCGUUAAUUUUGGGUAUUUGAAGCAGCUUACUUACGAUGGCUGUCAUCAGCCAAUAGAGUCUCGACAUUUUCGCCAGAAAAAUGUUGCUCAGGCAGCGGCCCCUUCCUUGCAUCUUGAGACGCCCCAAGCUCACAUCAGUUCAGUGUUGGUUCAUGGCCCCUUGAAUGUUCUAUCUAACGGCCAUGGAGAUUUCCGAAAUUGGACUGAUGCAACCAACGUCAACUCGAAGGGAUAUUUGAAGAAACCAAGUUCCCUAUUGACUUUUCGAAACAACGAGCUAUUAUACUACAACCCGACCACACCUGUAUCAUCUCUACGCCAAGAUUCGAUGGCUGACUCAACUACAACUCAGCCCGACCUAGACCCUAUCGCGGUCGCUGACUUCCACGACACACUCAAGAAGUCAAAGCGCAUCGUUGCUCUCAUCGGCGCAGGUCUUUCCGUAUCCUCGGGCCUUGCCACCUUCCGAGGGGCCAACGGACUGUGGAGGAACCAGGACAUAACGCAGGUCGCUUCACCCGCAGGCUUCCGUCAUGACCCGGGUCUCGUCUGGCAAUUUUACACGUAUCGCAGGCACGACGCCCUUCGUGCCAAGCCGAACCCCGCUCACUAUGCUCUGGCCGAGCUCGCGCGCAGAGUGCCUGGCUUCGUCGCGUUGACGCAAAAUGUCGAUAACUUGAGCCCUCGGGCUGGUCAUUCGCCCAGUCAGCUGAAGGAGCUCCACGGCAAUCUUUUUGCGCUGUCCUGCGUCGACGUGGUUGGAUGCGGAUACAACGAGCGUGACAACUUUGAGGAGUCUCUGCCGCCAGCACUCGAUCCUUCAAAGGACGAGGAGAGGACCAUCGGCAGCAUCAAUCCGGACAAGAAGCCUCGCGCCAGCCCAGUACUAUUAGCCGGCAUCGCGCGGAAACACGCGCAAAUCCUCGGGGAGAAGUAUGAGGGCAAUUCUCCGACCACGCGGGAUCUGACCUCUCUGAAAGCCCCGGAUCAACCGGCGCCAUCGAACCCCGUUGCUGUUACCCGGCUGUCGUCGGGGUUGGAGAAAAAGGACCUACCGCAAUGCCCUAAGUGCAAGAACAACAUCCUUCGUCCCGCCGUCGUCUGGUUUGGCGAGCCACUGCCCGUUGAGGUUGUUGAAGAGGCCCAGGCGCUUUCCGAUGACCCCGGGGCCAUCGAUUUGUUUCUGACGAUUGGAACCACCAGCAAGGUCUGGCCGGCGGCCGGGUAUGCCGAGAUGGCUCGCAAGAAGGGUGCGAGAGUUGCUGUUAUCAACACGCGAGCUGAAGACGCGAGACAUGUUCGGCCGGAUAAGGACUGGGUGUUUGUAGGAGAUGCAGCAGAUGUCCUCCCCCAGUUACUGAAACCGGUUAUUAGCGAAUCAUACGAGCAAGUCGAGAAGAAUAUGAAGAAAUAG